AUGUCCUGGACGCACCUCAUCCGAUUUAUCGCCGUCGAAGAUAGCCAAGAGCAUCUGGGCCAAUUAGUCGACACCACUCGCGACAUUGGCAAAGAUAGCGUCAAUGGCGUGGAAAUCGCCGCGUAUCUUAUCGAUGGUACGAUCUUUGACGGGCGCGUAUCCACGACCGUGAUGCACGUUAAGCAGCUUCUCUCCCCAGUCACCAAGGAACAAUGCAGUUACAUCCGUUGUCUGGGCCUGAACUACCUCGACCACGCCAAGGAAGCCAACAUGGCCCUCCCCACAGUCCCCGUUAUGUUCACCAAGCCUCGCACUGCCCUAGCCAAUCCGUACCCAGCGACGAUCAAUAUCCCCAAAUGUGCGCAGGAUGAAACGAGCGAUUACGAGGCAGAACUCUGCGUCGUCAUUGGAAAGACAGGGCGUGAUAUCCCUGAAGAGGAAGCGCUGGAUUAUGUUCUGGGUUAUACAGCGUCUAACGACGUUUCGGCAAGGACGCUGCAAUUUGCGACUUCGCAGUGGUCGUUUUCGAAGGGGUUGGAUGGGAGUUGCCCUGUUGGGCCCGUCCUCGUUUCGUCCUCUGUCAUCAAGGACCCGCAGACGUUGUUCAUUAAGGCGAUUCAUAAUGGGAGCGUCCUACAGAAUGGCCAUACCAAGGAAAUGCUGUUUUCGAUUAAGAAACAGAUCUCCUAUCUGUCCCAGGGCACAACACUGGAAGCGGGCACAAUUUUCCUGACGGGAACUCCGGCUGGAAUUGGGUUUACUCGGGAACCCAGAAUUGUGCUGAAGGAUGGUGAUGAGAUCAAUGUCGAAAUUGAAAACAUUGGCACGUUAAUCAACAAGGUGCGGUAUGAAUAA